AUGUCUUUGUGUCUCAAUCGCCUCCAGGAGGAACGAAAGCAGUGGCGACGUGACCAUCCUUUUGGCUUCUUCGCCAAACCCAACCGUGGCGCUAAUGGCGUUGUCGAUCUGAAGUCCUGGGAGGUUGGAAUCCCUGGUCGGGAAAAGACGAUCUGGGAAGGGGGGCAUUUCAAAUUGACGCUCACAUUUCCGGACGAAUACCCUACAAAGCCACCCAAAUGUCGAUUUGUGCCACCGCUCUUCCACCCAAAUGUGUAUCCAUCGGGCACUGUCUGUCUGUCGAUAUUGAAUGAGGAGGAAGGAUGGAAACCGGCAAUCACAAUCAAGCAGAUUCUCCUGGGCAUCCAGGAUCUGCUAAACGAUCCCAACCCCGAAUCACCAGCUCAAGCCGAUGCAUACAAUCUGUUCAAAAAGGAUCGGGCCGCCUACGAUCGGAAGAUCAAGUCUAUCGUCAAAGAAAACCCCGCACCCUAA